AUGAUAGGCCCCGGUCGAGUGGUUUUGACUGCCAUCCUAUUACUUUCACUAUAUUUCAUCUCAAUUUUAAGUCAACCUCAGUGUGAAAUCACUAUUUCUGGAUCAAUUGGUGACUCAAAUGCUACCGUAGAAGAAAUUCUGGAUUUAAAUGGAGUCGUUUUAGGCAAAUUAGAGGAUAUCAUUAAGCGUGAUUAUUUUAGAAUCUUCAAGGUAAACCUUUACCGUAAAUGCAAUUUCUGGCCAGAUGAUGGACGCUGCGUUUUGAGGGAUUGUCAGGUUCAGGAUUGCUCGAUUAGCGAGGUUCCGGUUGGAAUUCGUGAAUCUAGCUAUGAUAAAAUUAUUCCUGCUAAGGCUGUGCGAAUGGGCAGCGAUGGUGAAUCAUGCUCGAAGGAAGAGGAAGAGGAAGUCACACUUGGUCAUUUGGACACAUCAAUUGACGAAAUUCAGCAGAAGACCAUUCAUAAGUGGUCUCAACAGGAUACGGAGGAUAAGCCUUUCUGUGAAUUGGGUGACGACUUUGACGAGUCUUCAAUCUACGUCGAUCUUCUGAAAAAUAUUGAGAAGUAUACGGGCUACAAGGGGGAAUCUUCUCAACGAGUUUGGGGUUCAAUAUACUGGGAAAAUUGCUUUAAGUCUGCACCCCCAAAAGUUUAUGAUGGUAUUCCCUAUUCACCAGUCGAUACGGCGACGUGCAAAGAAAAGCGCCUUUUCUAUCGCAUGAUUUCCGGUCUGCAAACGAGCAUUAGCCUUCAACUCUGCUUUAACCACCUUUUAUCUGACUUCCGUGGAGCCAAGACCUUCUUCGCACAGCCCACUGAACACACCUGGGGCCCGAGUGUGGAGGAAUUUGCACGUCGCUUCCAUCCUAGCCUGGUCCCAGAGGCCCUGGGUCGGUUGCGCAAUCUCUUCCUUGUCUAUGUGGUGGAAAUGCGUGCUAUUGCUAAAAUAGCACCUCUCCUUAGGCAACAGGCCUUCUACACAGGUGAUACUGCUGUGGAUGCUCAAACUCGAAGCAUGGUUCUUGACCUUCUUAACGAUAUUGAAAAACACGCGACUGUGUUCAACGAAUCCCAACUUUUCCAAGCAUCGAACCAAGAACUUCUUGAUCUCAAAGAAGAAUUCCGUCUACGAUUCUUGAAUAUCACUCGAAUUAUGGACUGUGUUGGCUGUGAUAAAUGCCGAAUGUGGGGCAAAUUACAGAUACAGGGUAUGGGCACGGCUUUGAAAAUUCUCUUCUCCGAUGGUCUUUUUGACGUUGCUGAAGAUGGUAGCGUUAAACUUCGACCUAGUGCUCAACUCAAACGAUCUGAGAUUGUAUCUCUCUUCAACGGCUUUAACAAAUUUGCAAAGAGUGUCGAUUACUAUGUGAAGCUAAGAGCAAUGUUUAUCGAUCAGUUGAAGUGA